AAUCAGAUGCAUUGCCUCUAAAUCCUCUUGACUUCUUAAAAUUUGGUCAAGCUUCAUACUAUUUUUUUGGCAGAAAUGCAAUACCUUAUCUAAAUAUUGAUGGUAAUGUUAGACGUGAUAGUAGUGUUAGGCUUGAUAUUAGGCUUCUUAGUGAUAACAGUGGGUUUGGUGGAUAUGAAGAUGAUGGUAGGUUUAGUAGGUAUAGAAACAGUGAUAGGUUUAGCAAAUAUGAAAAUGGUAGUAGGUUUGGCGGAUGUGAAGAUGAUGGUAGGUUUGGUAAGUAUAAAAAUAGUGGUAGGUUUGGCAGAUAUAAAAAUAGUGGUAAGUUUGGUAGGUAUAAAAAUGGUGGUAGGUUUGGCAAAUAUAGAAAUGGUAGUAGGUUUGUUAGAUAUAGAGAUGGUAGUAGGUUCAUCAAUAACAAGAGACGUCAAUUUAUUAUUAAAAAAUAA